AUUUUUGUGUUUGAAGCGUAAUUAAUGAGGCAUUAAAAACGGAACUGUGUUUGAUUCAAGACAGUUCAUGCUGGUGUAUAAAUAUUUUUAACUUUUCGAAGUCGUCAAAAGGUUAAUAACAAACAUCGCUGCGUAGAAAGGAGCUGCUAGCGACCGAGCGGAUUCUGUUUUAAUUUGACUUGCUAGCUGCUGAAAUUUGCUACCCUAGCAGUCGAAGUCAAGACACCUGGCUAUGUCCAUUUGACUUAUUAACGAGUAUCUUUUGUCAGUAUACACAGUCAGUAAACUUUUGCAUUUGUAAAAGCCCUUGUGUUCAACCAAAAAGUGAAAUUAUUUGAAAGAGUCCAUCCAAAAUGAGAGGGAGUUCCUCCUAUGGGGAUAGGGACAGAGAUCGUGGACGGGACAGGGGCCCACGAUUUGGGUCCAGUCGAGGUGGACCUCCCCCCACGAAAAAGUUCGGUAACCCAGGAGACCGACUGCGCAAGAAGAAGUGGGACCUAGAUGAGCUGCCCAAGUUCGAGAAAAACUUCUAUCGUGAACACCCAGAAGUUCAACGUAUGAGUCAGUAUGAUAUAGAGGAUUUUCGCCGGAAAAAAGAGAUCACUGUUCGGGGCUCUGGCUGCCCAAAACCUGUUAUAAACUUCCACCAGGCUCAGUUCCCUCAGUAUGUGAUGGAUGUGCUGAUGCAGCAGAACUUUAAGGAGCCCACUGCUAUCCAGGCUCAGGGUUUCCCUCUGGCCCUCAGCGGACGGGACAUGGUGGGCAUCGCACAGACCGGCUCCGGAAAGACUUUGGCAUAUCUCCUACCUGCUAUUGUGCACAUCAAUCACCAGCCUUACCUUGAGAGGGGAGACGGACCCAUUUGCCUUGUCUUGGCUCCAACUCGAGAGCUGGCCCAGCAGGUCCAGCAGGUGGCGUACGAUUACGGCAAAUCCUCCCGCAUCAAGAGCACCUGUGUUUACGGUGGAGCUCCCAAAGGGCCACAGAUCAGAGACCUGGAGAGAGGCGUUGAAAUCUGCAUAGCCACACCCGGACGUCUCAUUGACUUCCUCGAGGCGGGAAAGACCAACCUGCGGCGCUGCACCUACCUGGUCCUGGACGAGGCCGAUCGCAUGCUGGAUAUGGGGUUCGAGCCGCAGAUCCGCAAGAUCGUAGAUCAGAUCCGACCUGACAGACAGACACUGAUGUGGAGUGCCACGUGGCCGAAGGAGGUACGACAGCUGGCGGAGGAUUUCCUGCGAGACUACGUGCAGAUCAACAUCGGCGCCUUGGAGCUGAGCGCCAAUCAUAACAUCUUGCAGAUAGUGGACGUCUGCAUGGAGAACGAGAAAGACAACAAGCUCAUUCAGCUAAUGGAAGAGAUCAUGGCAGAAAAGGAAAACAAGACUAUCAUCUUUGUCGAGACCAAGAAACGCUGCGAUGAACUGACGCGUCGGAUGAGACGGGAUGGGUGGCCAGCAAUGUGUAUCCAUGGUGACAAGAGCCAACCAGAGAGAGACUGGGUCUUAACAGAGUUCCGCAGCGGCAAAGCUCCGAUUCUCAUCGCCACCGAUGUUGCCUCUCGUGGUCUGGACGUGGAGGACGUGAAGUUCGUUAUUAAUUACGACUACCCCAACUCGUCAGAGGACUAUGUGCACCGCAUAGGCCGCACAGCUCGCAGUACCAACAAGGGCACGGCCUACACCUUUUUCACACCGGGGAACCUGCGCCAGGCCCGAGACCUGGUCCGGGUCCUGGAGGAGGCCCGACAAGCCAUCAACCCCAAGCUGCUGCAGUUGGUGGACACUGGCCGUAGCGGAGGAGGGGGUAAGAGCGGCAGGAUGCGUUACCGUGGAAGCGGUUCCGGCUCCAACAACCCCAACCUGAUGUACCAGGACGAGUGCGACCGUCGCAUGCGCUCUGUGGGCGGGGGUUCCAAGGACAGCCGAAGCAGCAACUACAGCCGCGACGGGCGGUCAGGUGGGGGCAGCCGGGACAAUGACAGGUCUUCCUCCUCCUCCUCUUCUUCCUACAGGGACCGUAGCAGGGACGGGCGGAACAGCUACAACUCCGGAACGUCCUACAGCGGCGGAGGCGGAGGCGGCGACCAGUACCAGAGUUACGGCGGGAGCGGUGGAGGCCAGUACAACUCAAGGGGCGGAGGCUCACAGGCCGGUGGGGGUAGCAGUGGGGGUGGUGGUGGCCAGGACCAGUCUGGUCCACCGCAGGUGCCUUUUGGUCAGCCCCCUCCACCUCCACCCCAGCCUGGGUCGGGACCCCAGCCCCUGAUGGCUCAGCAGUUUCCGCCACCUCCUCAACCCAUGAUGGGGUUCAUGGGUCAGGGUCCCUUCCCAUUCGCUCCGCCACCCCCACCUCCGCCUCCACCCAGAAAGUAAAACUGAGACUUGUAAGUCAUCAAUGUUUCACAGUUGUAAUCUGCCCUGUUUUCUCCUCCCACAAACGUGCUCAGUUUUUUUAAAAUACAUUCUUUUGCUCAGAAUCUGUUUCUUGUAAACCGAUCUUUCCUCCCGUUGAGGGUGGUACACAGCAUUUGACAUUCUGAGCAAGCCAGCAGUCAGUGGACUGAGGAGGUAAGGGCUACUAUUUUUAUUUUAUUUUUUUUGUCUUUUUUUUUUUUUUUUUUCUAAGAGUUAAUGAUCUGUUUGUGUGUUUGUAUUCUAGGCAUUUAGGUGCUUUAUCUGGCUGUGCUUAAAAUUUGUCAUCCCUCUCAAACUGAAGUAUUAAGGAUGACCAUUGAGAUGUUUUAAGCCGUCCUGGUAUAUUAAAACUGUGACGAUUUGGGGUUUGUUUUUUUUUUAGUUAGUGGGUGUGCACCUGUAAAA